AUGCCAUCAUUUCUUGAACUGGAAUACGUGUGGAGUGAUAACAGUCUGAUACCACCUGCACGUAUACCAGGCUAUUGUUUUGAUCCAAUCAAUGCUGAUUAUUCGACUAACAAAGAUUCAAAUAUUCCCGAUGAUCAAUGUAUUGAAGAAGCUCCUAUAGCCAUAGAACAGCACAAUCGAAAUCUUGACAAGAAUACAAAGCAAAAGCCUUCACUCGAUAUCUGGAAAAAAAAUAAUCUCUAA